AUGGCAACCCAUUCCCGGACUUCCUCUCAAGCCCAGUCCCCUUUUGAUCCAAGAGACCUGGGACCCCAACUUCCAACAACCACCCCUGUCAAGCUUGGGGAAGUCUCCCUUGAGCGGGUCACCUGCCUCCUCCUUGGCCUCCUCAGCCAAGUCAAGAACAUUGAGCAAAAGCUUGAAGAAGUCAAAGAAGCAGGAAUCAAGACCCAGACCAACGUCAAGAACAUAUCUCAAACAGUUGAUGUUGUCAAGGAUGGGCUUAGAAGCCUCCAACCCCAUGGGCCAAGGACCCCAGAAACCAAGCCCCCAGUUGUGGAAGCAAUGCCACGCCCCUUACCAAAAACCGCGCCUAUUGGAUUGGUUAGUGGGCCCUCCUUCUGGCCUGAGCAACCAAAAGGGCUCCCCACCUUUGCCCAUCCACAGCCACAGAGAGUGUUGCCCCUGCAAGUCCCCUCUCCCCCUCCAUCUCUGCGUCUCCAAUCCCCAAUUGGGACAGCUGCCCCUCCACCUCUGGCUCCGGUCGCCGCCUAUCCUGCUCCGGUCAAGGUUGACCACCCCAACGCCUACACAGGCAAAAUAGGGAGCAAAGCAAAGCAGUGGCUGACCCAGAUGUUAGCCUGGACCUGCCUCAACUUGCAGAUGUUCCUGUCCUAG